AUGUCCGCGGAAUAUGAGGACGUCUUGACAAAUCAGCCCGUCGUGAUUGACAAUGGCUCCGGCGCAAUCAAAGCUGGUUUUGCUGGGCAGGAUCACCCGAAAUGCUUCUUUCCCUCGUAUGUUGGACGGCCGAAGCACGUACGCGUUAUGGCUGGAGCAUUAGAAGGAGAUGUGUUCAUCGGGCGGAAAGCACAAGAGUUCCGUGGGCUACUCAAGAUCAAAUACCCAAUGGAACAUGGCAUUGUUACGGACUGGGACGACAUGGAACGAAUAUGGAACUGGGUGUACGCAGAGGAGCUCGGGACGCUGAGCGAAGAGCAUCCCGUCCUCUUGACCGAAGCCCCUCUGAAUCCACGGACUAAUCGCGACGUUGCUGCUCAGAUAUUUUUCGAUACCUUCAACGUCCCAGCGUUGUAUAUCUCUGUACAAGCUGUGCUCUCACUAUAUUCCUCAGGUCGUACGACUGGUAUUGUAUUGGACGCAGGCGAUGGCGUCACACACGCCGUUCCGGUGUUCGAGGGUUUCUCCAUGCCUCAUGCCAUUCGCCGGAUAGAUGUCGCCGGAAGGGACGUCACCGAUCAGCUACAAUUACUACUCCGCAAGUCUGGGCACCACCUACACACCACGGCGGAAAAGGAGGUUGUACGGACAAUCAAGGAAAAGACGUGCUAUAUCGCUCUUAAUCCAUCAAAAGAGGAGAAGGAUUCUCUGGGGCGGACAGAGGAGUUCAAACUACCAGACGGAAAUACCGUACAGCUAGGCGCAGAACGAUUCCGUGCACCGGAGAUCCUCUUCAACCCCGAGAUAAUCGGGAUGGAGGACCCAGGCGUGCAUCAGGUCGUGGUAGACUCUAUCAACAGGGUUGAUCUCGACUUGCGCAAGAGUCUCUUCUCCAACAUCGUCUUGAGCGGUGGCACUACGCUCUGCCGUGGCUUCGGCGACCGCUUAUUGAACGAGGUGAAGAAAGUCGCGGUCAAGGACGUGAAGCUCAAGAUCUACGCUCCGCCGGAACGCAAAUACUCUACCUGGAUUGGUGGAUCCAUCCUGGCAGGUCUCAAUACGUUCAAGAAGAUGUGGGUAUCCGCGGAGGAGUACCAGGAGGAUCCAGACAUCAUUCACAAGAAGUUUGGGUUCUGA